AUGGCGCUGCCGGCCAGCCCCGUCCCUUUAGCGGACCAAUCAGCAGGGGCUACCACUGUGCCAUCGGGUUCUGCAGCACCGCAAUCCACCCCUAGUAGUUGCCAAUUAACGGCAGCUUCCAGGAUUUGGACCAGCCAGAGCCGACUGCACAUCGCCCAGUAUUUUAUCGCUGCUCGUCACUCUGCAUCGUCACAGCCCUCUGCCCUCUGCCCUCUGCCCUCUGCCCUCUCCUGCUAUUGUCCUGCCGGUAGCUGGGCCUCUGCUCGUCGCCCUUGCUGGACCCUCGCAUGGCGCUCCUAUGAUGCUGACCCGCCGCCAAAUCUUCGCCUGUCGCAGUCGUGUAAAUCGCCUCGAGACGCGAUGGAGAGGAAGCGGAAGCUCCCCGCGAGGACUUCGGCCCGCGUUGAAAACGCCAACAAACGUCGGAAUUUGACGCCCCGUCAGGAACGAUCCGUCACUCCAGCUCCUCCUCCUCCUCCUCCAGAGCCAGAGCCCGUCGUGGUCAAAGAGCCAACGCCGCCGCCGCCGCCGCUGCCGACCUCGAUCCAGCCAGGAAAGCCGCUGCCAACCGUAGAGAGCGCGCAGCCCGGCGACCUGUCUGCCAAAGACUAUCAAUCCGUUCUAGAAAGCGGCGUUCUCGCAGAAUCUCUUUCUCGGUCUCGAUAUCGAUGGAUCAACGAUGGACUCUUUGAAAAGUUUUGGACCAAGCCUCACAAGCGCAAGGGUGUCGUUAACGAGGACCCAAAAAAUCCUCCCAAGGACAGCAUGACCAAAGUCGGCUCAGUUACCAUUACUAUUGAGCCUCAUAUAGUCGAAGCCACCAUGUUCGUCGUCAAGGAAGCCAAGCGUGCUCCCCCACCUCGACCACCGCAGCAGAUUUCAAAACCGCCGCCAGUGACUCAAACACAAGCUCAAUCGCAACCACAACCGUUGGCCCGACCAGUUCUCCAGUAUGGCCCUCCAAAUGGCUCUAUGCCGCCCCCGCCUGGGCCUGGAUCGUCGACACCAAGCCAAACUCCAAUUGCAGCUACCACGCCAAAGCCUGCUGCUACCCCGAGUGCUGCUCCAAGUCCUUCUCAACGACCACCGCCACCGUCACCGAGCGUUUCAGCACCUCAGCCGACACCAUCGCCGCUCACGACGAUCAAUGUAGCCACGUCACCAUCGCCAGGCCCAGCAUUUUCUGCGCAACAGCCCGCUGCGCCUCCUCCUGCAACUCCACAGCCUCCUCCGGCAGCUGCACCGCUGCCCCUUGCUCGACCACCUCAGGCGCCUCAACCGCCCGCGAAUCCCGGGCCGGCACAGCAGCAGCAAGCUCGCACACCGUUGGCAAGGCCGCCUCCGCCUCCGCCGCUAAUUAUACCGGCCAAUAAUCCACGACCACCCAAUGCAAAACCUGUUCCCAACGACCCGGUCAUUGCCCUGCUUGCGCAAAAGGCCUCGGGGGACCCUGAGCUGCGUGACCUGAUGAAAAGAGUGGCCGUGGGCCAGGCUAGGCAAGGAGAACUUGAUCGUUUCCAGAAGAUCAUUGAUCAACUGAAUGCCGAGUAUCGUCGGAGUGGUGGACAGCAGGGUCCUUCGGCCGACAGGCUGCUUGUGGAUGGAAGAACCGUCAAGUACUUUGCAGACGAAGUGCGGACUAUUCUUGACAUUGUCCUAGCGUCCAACCCUCGUCAGAGGUCAAGCGAGUUGAGACCACCGCCAAGGAGCGACCCCCUCGUGGUAAUGCUCGUAAAGACGGCCUUGGAAGACCCCAAGACUAACGACAUGAUUCGGCGUAUCGCGGGAGGCACCCCUGGUUUUACGGAUGCGACCGACCUCAAGGAAAUUCUUGACCGCCUUCACAGAGAAGCAAAGCCUGCGCCGCAGACGCUGUCUACCCCUGUCUCUGCAAAGCAGCAGCCUGGCGAUGCUCUCAAUGGCCAAGCAAGGACUUCGAACCCCCCAACGCCUCAGCAGGCAAAUCCCCAAGCGCUACGUUCAAAGGGGCCUCCCCCUGCACCGAAACCCGAUAUUUCUGCCGUGGUGUUUGAUUUUGGAAACGGGGAUCGUUACUUGUUUCCUAAAUUCAGCAUCCUGGAGUAUCUUCCCACCCCAUCCGGCCAGGAGGUGGUUGCGUCCUUCCUCAUCGUGCGCAAGGGCAGCAUGUCCGAGUAUGGAGGAGACCCCGAGCUGGACUACUAUCAGCCCGUCACAAUCCGCAUUUCUACAAGCACUGGCCGCUAUCUAGAGAAUCUGAUGCGAGUAGUGGCGCCUCAAGAUGAGGUACGGCGUUAUAUGGAUGACGUGAUGGACAACAUGACACGAGCCGAAUAUGUGCUCCUGGCAAUGCAAUUGCCAAGGGUCUCUAAAGAUGAAAAGGCAAACGGGGCACCUGAAGAGCCCAAGGCCAACGGGGCUACGCUCAAGGUCGAGACGGACUCUGAUCAGCCCGUGGGGGUGAAACCUUCGGUUCUGUGGGCAAAGACAGCUAACCCUGCCAAACAGUUGAAGUUUUUCAAACCACAUGAUCCAGAGGAGGAGAACGAAGCCAAAUACAAGCGCCUCAUUCAAUCAGUGACGGCGAAAGAUGCUUAG